GCAGGGGCCCUGUGGGUGCUGUUGUCUCUGCUGUCAGGUUUUUUUGGAGGAUGAACAGCUCCUUUUACCUCUCCCGGUCGCUGUCGGAGGAGCGGCCCGUGGCCGUGCUGUGGGGCUGCCAGCUGGGCACGGGCGCCCGGAGCUGCGUGGUGAAGGAGGACGAUGACCUCUUGGAGCACCUGGUGCUGCUGAGAACGAUCUGCCUGGGGGCCGACGCCAGGGACGAGCUGCACGUGGUGGCCGUGGAUUCCAAAAACGCCUCCGGGGAGCGCAAGCCGGUGCCCAUCGCGGCUCUGAGGAGCUCCCUGCUGCCCAUGAUCAGCCUCAAAGGUCUGGAGCUCGUCCCUCCCGUCACCUUCGUGCUGCAGUGCGGCGCCGGGCCGGUCUAUCUCAGCGGGCAGCGCGUCACCCUGGAAGAUGAUGCCGUGCCUGAAGCCCACGAGGAAGAGCUCUCGGAGGAAGAUGCGGCCGAUGAGGAUGAUGAUGGAGCUUCAUAGGACGCGGCAGCUUGGAGAAGGCUUUGGCUCUGGCCUGGAGCUGGUGUGGUGCUGGGAGCACGCUGUGCUGGGAGCUGCCGGCGCCCCGUGCUGAAGGCGGCGGGUCCUCGCAGAAGGACACAAACUGCCCGGGCUUUCGGGGUCACCCCUUGUCCGCUCUCCACUUAUGCCUCCCCCUGCUCGGGGCCGGUCCCCUCAGCUCCCCCGGGCACAGCUCGGCCUCUCCUGCCUUUUUGCACGGGCAAAUUCCAAUGAAUAAAUGCAGGAAUGCCCUUUUGUGCAUAAGUGACCGUUUAUUUGAUGCAUGAGCACCCAGUUCAUCAGGGGAGGGUUGAACAGUGCAGGCCUGAGUUUAUUCCGAGGCUGGCCCUGAGCAUCUCUCUGAGGUGGGCACCUCGCAGACACGGGGGUGAAGCAGGCAGGGCGUGUGGAAAUUGGUCUAAAAACCCAAUUAAUGCAAACUGGGAUCGUGGAGCUUUUGGGGGGCUGUUGGGAUUUGUGGUGAAAGCGUGGCUGGGGCAGCUCAGCUGGGGGGUGCCCGGUCCAGCCCCUCGGCCUCACACCCCCCUGCACACACACUGGUACUGCACAGGCUCUACCCCACACCUGGACACGCACCUGCCUGCGCUCACAGGCACCUGUGCACCCUGAAAUGCCCGCACAUGGCCCUGCACCAAACCAUGCACACCUGUGCUCAUCUGUACCUACAUCUGUGCACACCUGAACUCACCUGUACCUACACAUGUAUUAAUCUGUACCUACCCCUGUGCACACCUGUACAUACUCACCUCUGCACACCUGUGUACACACACCUGCCCACACU